AUUAUGAUAGGAAAUAAGGGAAUUGAAAAGGGUGACUUUGAUGGAUUUGCCUUGGAUAUGAGUACUGAGGAGGAGGAGGAGGAGGAGGAGGAGGACGGGGAGGAGGUAGAAGAAGAUGAAGAUGAUGGUGAAUUAGAAGAACAGGAGAACGAUAAUUCAGUAGGUAGAAUUGAAGCUGAUGUUGCUGCUGAUGGUUCUGGAGUUCGAUUUUAUCAACAAUUUGAUCAUGUUGAAUAUGAAGCUCUUGCUGCAAAAAAGCGUAAAGGACUUGGUGAUUGUGAGGGUGCAGGGUCUGGGAAGAAGGCUAGGCAAGAGGAUAUAUCUGGAGCUAGCAUGGAUGAAAUAAUGGAGGCCAUGAAUUAUGGUAUCAGGAGAAAGUCACGAAAGCUUAAGAAAAGAGGUAGGAGGAAAGGAUCAAAAAAUAAGCUCAGCCCUAAAAUUACAAAGAUGCUGGGUGAUGCUACUGUUCUCUAUGCACAUGGCCGCUAUGAAGAGGCCAUAUCUGUUCUGAAUGAAGUUGUUAGGCUGGCACCGCAUGUACCAGAUUCAUACCAUACACUUGGACUUGUCCAUAUCGCACUUGGUAAUACUGAAAAAGCAAUGGGAUUUUAUACAAUUGCAGCGCGCCUUAUGCCGAAAGAUUCACCUUUGUGGAGAGUGCUUUUUGACUGGCACAAUGAACGAGGAGAUGUAGCUAGAGCCAGGUUAUGCCUUUCUAAAGCUAUAAGGGCAGAUCCUAAUGACAUUGCACUUAGAGUUCUUCAUGCAUCUCUUUAUGCUAAGCUUGGAGAUUGCCAAAGAGCUGCUGAGUCUUAUGAACAAAUAUCAGGAGUUUGUCCUGAAGAUGUUGAAGUGCUGAAGAUAUCUGCAAAGUUGUAUGCUGAAUGUGGUCAGACAGAACGAAGUAUCAGCAUUUUGGAGAACUAUCUUAAGGGUCAUCCAUCUGGAGCUGAUUUUGGUGUUAUUGAUUUGCUUGCUGCUGUACUCAUGGAAACUAAUGCACAUAAUAAUGCUCUUAAACAUAUUGAGCAUGCUCACCAGGUUUACUAUUCAGGAAAGGAAAUGCCUCUACAAUUGAAAAUCAAAGCAGGAAUCUGCCAUGUUCAUCUUGGAAAUAUUGAGAAGUCAGAGAUUAUUUUCAGUGAUCUUGAAUCAGAGAGUGACCCUAAUCAUGCUGGGUUGAUUACGGAUGUAGCUGAUGCAUUUAUGAGUCUUGGGCACUUUCAUGCUGCGUUGAAAUAUUAUCUCAUGUUGGAGUCAAAUGCUGGGAUAGAAAAUGAGGGCUAUAUACAUUUGAAAAUUGCUCAGUGUUACUUAUCCUUGAAAGAUAGAGUGAAAGCAGUUACGUUCUUCUAUAAAGCUUUGCAUGCACUUGAAGAUAAUGUUGAUUGUCGAUUGGCUUUGGCAUCGCUUAUCCUUGAAGAUGGUAAAGAAGAUGAAGCCAUUUCUUUGCUAUCGCCUCCAGAAAAUUCAGAUUCUGUCAACUCAAGUUCUGAUAAGCAGAAGCCAUGGUGGCUUGACGGGAAAAUAAAACUGAAGCUUUGCCACAUAUAUAGGGCUAAAGGAAUGUUUGAAGACUUUGUCAACACAAUAUUCCCUUUGGUUCGUGAGUCACUUUAUGUCAAAACCCUCCGUCAGAAGGUAAAGAAGAGGCUGACCAUAAGUGUUCUUCGUAAAAGAACCAAAAUUCUGGAUGUUGGGGAAACUGUUGAUGUAUUUGGUGGAGUCAGACCGUUGGCUUCUCGUUCGGAUCUAAUGAAGGCUUCUAGAGCUCGGAAGUUGCUUCAAAAAAGGGAAGAACAGAAAGCUGUGGCAAGGGCUGCUGGUAUUGAUUGGCAUGGUGAUGAUUCAGAAGAUGAGUCUUUGGAAGAAGAAAUCAGAGUGCCCCCCCUUCCUAAUUUUUUGAAGGAUGAGGAGCAUCACAAUCUGAUUAUAGAUUUGUGCAAGGCACUGCAAUCUUUGCAAAGGUAUUGGGAAGCACUAGAGAUUAUUAACCUCACUCGGAAAUUGGUGUACAAGAAACUUCCUGUUGAGAAGAAGGAGGAACUUCAGUCUAUUGCAGCUCAAAUAUCAUACAAGACCACAGAUCCUAAGCAUGGGUUUGACUGUGUAAAAUCAAUCGUUCUGCAGCAUCCAUACAGCCUUGCUGCCUGGAACUGCUAUUACAAAAUAGCUUUAAGGUUGGGAAAGAACUAUUCAAGGCAUGCAAAGUUUCUACGCCAUAUGCGAACCAAACAUGAUGAUUGUGUACCACCUAUAGUCAUAUAUGGGCAUCAGUUUACCAUGGCCAGCCAUUACCAAGAUGCUGUGAGAGAAUAUCUUGCAGCUUAUAAACUAUUGCCGGAGAAUCCACUAGUUAAUCUUUGUGUGGGAACAGCCUUUAUCAAUUUAGCCCUUGGAUUUAGACUUCAAAACAAGCAUCAAUGUGUUGCACAAGGCUUAUCAUUCCUCUAUAACAAUUUACGGCUUGCUGAAAACAGUCAGGUAUCUUUGCAGGAGGCAUUAUAUAAUAUUGCGUGUGCAUUUCAUCACGUUGGACUUGUAUCUCUAGCAGCUUCAUAUUAUGAAAAGGUGCUUGAAACAUGUGAAAGGGAUUACCCUAUUCCCAAACUUCUGAAUGAGAAUUCAGAUCUUCUGGAAAACCUGAAGCCAGGUUACUGUGACCUGCGUAGGGAGGCAGCUUAUAAUUUGCAUUUGAUAUACAAAAAAAGUGGGGCUAUUGAUCUUGCUCGCCAGGUCUUGAAAGAUCACUGCACUUGCUGAGUAAAGAUGCUUCAAACUCACAUCAAUUGGCUUGUGAAAAAUGUGAGGUGAUCUAACUUGCAUAUAUAUCUUUUUAGAUUGAUCGCCAACAAAUCCUUGUUUGUUUAAUUUAUUAGUAGAUGAAUUAGAAUUAGUUCCCAAGUGUUUGGUUUUUUUAGCUCUCCUGUAUUAUUGUGCCAUUUUACUCGAAUACAAUGCUAUUUGCUACUUAACAUGUUCACUGCUAAUCAAUUGUUUUAUAUAUAUUUGGGAAUCACAAUAUAUGAAUCUCGCA